AUGGAUGAAAUAUUACAUAUUGAAUCAUUACAAUUACUAUUAGAGAAAUUUGGUGAUUUUUUAGAAAAUUUUGGAUUUGGACUUACAAGUAACGAAUAUGACGAAUAUAUUGAACAAAGACGACAAUUAUUUAAAUUAAUUAUGAAAUAUUGUACAAAGAUUAGAUAUUUUGAUUCGG